CAGAUUGAGGCUACCGAAUCGUUCAAGUUCCAUUCUUGCUUCGACGGAUUCCAAUGCUCGAAACUGAAAGUGCCUCUGGACUACUUCAAUGGCACAUUCCCCAAGGAGACGGUCAGCAUCGCCGUCGCUAAGCUUCCUGCCAAAGUUCCCGUGGACGACCCUCGAUAUGGCGGUCCCAUCUUCAUCAACCCUGGCGGCCCGGGAGGAUCAGGUGUCUGGCAGGCAUUGAAUUCGGCCAGAGACCUCCAGCUCAUUGUAGAUGCCUGGCCAACGCCUUCGAGGUCUGCCGAUGAUGGUGGAGACGAUGACAAGUAUUUCGAUAUCAUCGGGUUUGACCCCCGUGGAAUAAACAACACGGAACCAGCAGCGAACUGCGGAAGGAGUACUGCGGCAACGUGGUCUUGGGCUCUGAGAGAGUCGACCGAGGGGAACCUCGAUAACUCAGAUGCUGCACUUGGGCGACUGUGGGCCAUGGAGCAUGCUUCUGGCGCAUCGUGUAAGCUGGCUUCGGAGGCCAGUGGGGGUUUUGAUAUCAAGCAAUACAUGACCACGGCAUCUGUUGCACGCGAUAUGCUGCAGAUGGUCGAAAAGCACGAUGAAUACAAUGCCGCGGUCGUCGCCAGACUUCAAGCCACGCAACCCAGCAGUAACGAUCCCGGGACCUGGUCGACACGAUCCAAACCCUCCCCAUCCCCCAAGCUCCAAUACUUGGGUUUUUCAUACGGCACAUAUCUCGGGUCGACCUUUGCAUCAAUGUACCCCGACCGUGUGGGCCGAGUGAUACUCGACGGCGUAGUCAACUCGGACGAUUACGAUGAAGCAUUGGGCGGCAACGAACUCGCCGACAACGAAAAGGCCAUGGCCUCAUUCUACACGUUCUGCGUGCUCGCGGGACCUGAGAUAUGUCCAUUGACCACUCUCACCUCCACGGCAAGAGAUAUCGAAGACCGCGUCCAAUCCAUCCUCGCCUCCCUCUACCACACCCCACUCCAGCUCCCCUCUACCUUCGGUCCCGAAAUCCUGACGUACUCAGACGUCCGAAACGUCAUCUUCAUCUCCCUCUACUCCCCACACAUCCUCUUCCCCUUCGUCGCCCAGCUCCUCUCCGCCCUCUACCCACCGGACCCCAACUCUCCCGUCCUCACAUACGUCGCAGCCGCCUUCCAAUACGCCCACACAUACGACUGCUCCGCGACCCCCGACUCCCCCAUCUUCAUGACCUCCACCGCGCAACACUCCAUCCUCUGCGCCGACAUCCCCUCCCUCACCUCCUCCAACCUCACCUCCUUCCAAUCCUUCUACACGACCCAGACCUCCAUCUCCCCAACCUCCGGCGCAAUCUGGUCCCUCAUCCGCCUCUCCUGCACCGCGUGGCCCAUCCGCCCCAUCCACCGCUUCACCUCCCCCUUCGGCGCCUCCAACACCCACCACCCCAUCCUCUUCAUGACCAACACCGCCGACCCCGUCACGCCCCUCCGCUCCGCACACAUCAUGAGCAGCCGCUUCCCCGGGUCCCGCGUCCUCGUCCAAGACGCCGCGGGCCACUGCGCGCUCACGAACCCGACCCCCUGCGUCGUCCUGCACGUGAAAGCGUACUUCCAAUCCGGCGACCUGCCCCCCAGGGACACGCUGUGUAGCUUCGCCUCGACGUCCCCUUUCUUCCUCAAUUCCCUUGAUGCCGAGUCAAGAUUCCACAGGAGCGUUGACGAAUUAUUCGCAGUCGGGGAUGAUGAGGUGGAGAUUGAGGAGUUGAAGUUGAAUAGGAGAGACGACGUCGUCAAGGAGGAAGCGGAGAGGGUUGGUAUCGAGGCGUGGAGUGCUGCGGGGAGGUUUUCAAGGGCUGCGGCCGUGAGUGGGGUCGGGUUGGGACGGUGGAGGGCUGGGUGGAGGGCUGGGAGGGCCGUUGAGGGUGCGCUUGGGAGGGGUUUUUAGGAAGAGAUGACGAUGACGACGACGACGGAGAAGAAGAAGAGGAAGAAGAGGAAGAAAGGAAUUGAAUGAAUGGGUUGGAUGAGUGGGUGAGUGGUGGUGGUGGUACGGAGAACUCCAUGUAGUUGUACUGUUUCUAAGCACUGAAAAUGACGAGCACACACACUCCUUAACUCUGAUUUCUUAUCGCGUUUUCAUCUACUUCAUACGACUAUAUCUCUAUAGGAGGAAGUCAUGCAUGCAUGCAUGUAUCCCCCCCCCCGUAAAACGAAUCUACACUCAGCAUUCUACCCAAUACCUCAC